GUCGCUCGAUACUGAAGUCAGGGAGCGCUUCGUUCAUUUCUCCUUCGUGCCGCCCAUGGCGUUCAUGGUGUCGGCAGCCUCCACAAGAGCCCAUUAGGACGCGUUAGCCGUUUCUUAUACUGACGAUGGGAAAAGUGGCGCCCGCGGAGAGCAGCAAGUCCCUGCGCAAAGGGACCCAGCGACGCGAGGGCCGUCGAUGGCGUUUGUAUGUGCUUAUCUUGCGCUACAUCAGGGCAGUAGUCUUCCUCUUGAACGUUCGUACGCUGUUCAUGGUUGGCAUUGCUUGCCUCAUGGUGUAUUUAUGCGAAUCGCAGACGCUUGACUUGCAGUUCAAGAUUGAGUUCUCCAUCCUCAGCGUGGGCACCGUGUUCCCGCUGGUGUUCAGCAUCCAGCAGGCCUUCUCCCGGCGUGAGGAGGCGCUGAGAGACCUGUCCAUGCUCAAGUCGCAACUCAUGGCCCUGUACUUCGCCAACCGCGACUGGGACUUCCACGACGGCGCCGCGGUGCGCUCCAACCUGGGCAACGACGAGGCGCCGCACGCGGUGGCCAGUGCCCGGCUGAUCGUGACGCUGCUGGCGACCAUGAAGAAAUGGCUGUCGGGCCGGACCGCGUUUGAGUCCGAGAGCGAGUGGCGGCUGCUCUAUAACGGUUCCAUUGCGGCUGCUUCCGGCGUUAGUCUCGCCACUCGUAGCGCAGACGGGCAAGAGGACAGUGCGGAAAACAAAGGCGGCAAGGCGGGAGGGGUCGGCGGCGGUGGCGGCGGUUUGGGCCCCACAGUGGCGCCCUCAGCCAAGAGUUUGGCGAGUCGGAAGCUGCAAGCGGCAUGGGUGGUGCGUCAGCUGUCAGGCGCGUUCUUCCGUGGGAAAGAGGGCCGCCGGGAUGUGGACGACAGCAGUGACGACGACAGCGGCGAUGAGGGCGAUGAGGUCGCUGAGGGCGGCAAGGACGCGGGCGGCGAGGGCGGCGGCGGCGGCGGCGGCGGCGAGGAGCGGUUGACGGCUGAGGACAUUGCCGAGGCGGACCCGCACUGGCAGUUGUACUACGAGAUGUACGACAUCAUCUCCCAGAUCCAACUUAACAACGAAGCCAUGACGGUGCCGGCGGGCUGCUCCAAGGGAGGCGAGGGCGGCAUGAGCCGCAUGGCGGGCUACGUGGAGAAGAUAGUCGAGAUGGUGGAGAGGCUGCGGCAUCUGCGCGAGUACCGCACGCCCUUCAUGCUUCGCUACGUGUCGUUCACGCUGGUGUGCGCCUCAAUCUUCCUGGCCGCGCCCUACUUCGCCUGGCUGUGCGAGGGCACGCGCUGGGACGGCGACAGCUCGGGCCGCUGCCCCGCCGGCUACUUCACAGGGGUGCUGUACGUGCUGGUGGUGUCCACGCUUUUUCACGUGCAGGUGGCUCUGGAGAACCCGUUUGACGGCGUGGGGCUGGAUGACGUGUUCUUCAACAUGGACCGGGAGUUCGCGGUCACUGUGCGCAGGUUUGUUCGGGCCCGUGCGGCCAACCGCGCGGCGAUGGGGAGUGCCGAAAAGGACGCCGCCGGCGGGGGCAGCGGCCGUGAUUCGGGUGGGGACCCGCGCGCGCCGGCAGACGCGGUGGGAAAGGUGGCGGCGCUGGCCUCCGCCGCCACCACUGCUCCGGUGAAAGCCGUGGCCACGCUUGCUGUGGGCGGUGGCGAGGCAGGCGGCCGCGUUGUGGCUGGCACGACGGCACCGGUGGCGGCACUGGUGCUGCCGGCAGCGGUUGAGCGAGCGAACACGCUGACCCCGGCGACAGUGGUGGAGGACUGGGAUGGUCGGGUGUAGGGCUGGUCCAGGCCUCGAGGGCUGGGUGUGUAAAGUUGAGUGAUGUCAAUAAGAGCUUGCGCUGUGCGCGAGCGUGCAGGUGUGCGAGUGCGUGGGAGUGCAAGGAUUGCCAAAGCAAGCAAGAAAUGUGUGCAUCUAUGUGAAUGUGUCUGCGUAUGCCGAGGGCAAAUGUCUGGAGCGCCAUUGCGCCAAACGUGCAGUCUUAGGCCCUUUGUGGCUACCUAGCUGCUAAGGGAGAGGGCUGAUGGACACAUCCCACUUCAUACGAAGAUUCAUGAUACUUGUGGCAGAGGGUGUGCCAUUACAAUGUGAGCAGGAGGGCGCGGCGGGCAAUAUGGCUGCUUGAUUGGGAAUUAAUGAGGCUGCGUCGAUUCUUCUGGUUUCCAUGCCAAGACCAGCUGCAUUGUGAUGGACGUUGCUUGGAGCAGUUAGCACAUCUGCGCGCUGCACGGUGGGCGAACUUGCGUUGCUUACAUGAAUAUAGACUUGAGGGUUGCGGGCCUGCGGCGGCUUGUUGGACUGGAUUGGCCGAUGGGCGUGUGUUGCUACACAAGACAAUGUGAAGAGGACACGCGGUGCAUGCAUAAAUUUGACUGCACCCUGAGGGCCGGUGACUGCGGCGGCCGGAACCAAGCAAGGGCAGCCGCCCUGCAGCCGGCGAAGGGCACAAGGGCGCCACCGUCAAACCCGACGUGCGUAGCGUGCGGACAAUGGGGCCAAGGGCGCCCUCUGCCUCCUUGAGGUGUGGCCGUAUGGGUCUGCCGGUGUGGGCCUUGCAUGUGGGGGGCAGCCCGGCAGCCCGGUCCAUGGUGCUGCGGGCGAAGGGCAAGCCAACACAUCAGCACACUCUCGAAGACCCGGAACCGCGCCAGCCCGAUGCUCUCACACCACUCGAUCACUGUCAUGCAAAUGAAUGUUAAAUGGGCUUGGACGCGUAGCAAGACGGGGGGGGGAGCUCCGGCGGAGACGCGGUACAAGUGUACAACAAUUGCAGCGUGCCGAUAAGAGCAUGCUUGGUGUGAAAUCCGGUGUGAACUGGUUUCAAGGAUUGGAGAGUCCCCAACGCACGGUGAGAUUGAUGAGCCGCGGCCGGGAUUGCCGUUGACCACGAUCCGCAUCAGCGCAGGCGAUGAAUCGGUCUGCUGCUGCUGGUUGCGGUUGCUUUGGCGGUCUGACGCGGAAGCCGGCUGCUGCGGCGGUUGCUUGUGUUCCAGCUGUGGCGACGGUGGCAGCGGUGGUGGUGGCGGCGCCGCCGCCGCCGAUAGUGGCAGCACGGGGCCGGCCUCUCGAUGGCAUCUCUCGACACAGACAAUAGAUCUGGCGAAGCGCUGCAACUCGCGUCUCGCAGAUCGGAGUUUUUACUGCAGAGCGACAUAACGCCUCACCCCAGAUAAUGUUAUCGUGCAUUGUCUGACCACUUAAUG